AUGCAGCAGCAGCAGCAGCCACCCCCUCGCUGCCACCCACGGCUGCGUGCGACCCGCAGCCUGGACCCCGGGCUGUCGGGGGCCCUGGGAGGGGGUGCCCCGGGAGGGGGUCCCCUCUGCCGCUCGGAUGCCCUCUCCUCGCUUCACCUCGCCGCCUCCCUGGGACCCCAGACAGACCCCCGCGCACAGCCCACGGGGGUCAGCUUCGACGGAUGGGUGAUCGUGGAGGGCCAACCUACGUCACGAUCAGCCGAGUCCCCCCACACUUCCCGCGGGCACAGGGGAUCUGCGGAAGACUCGGGCUCUAAGAGGGAGGAGGCCGGUGCAGGGGCUCGCAAGAAGCGGUGGAGUUCCCUGCAUGGGCCCAGGAGAGAUGGUGGAGGGGUACCGGGGCCCGAGGGAGAAGCAGAGGCACGCAGGAAGCGAUGGAGUUCCCUGCAUGGGCCCAGGAGAGAUGGUGGAGGGGUACCGGGGCCCGAGGAAGAGACGGGGGCUCGCAAGAAGCGGUGGAGUUCCCUGCAUGGGCCCAGGAGGAAUGGUGAAGGGAUGCAGGGACUGGAGGAGGAGACGGGGGCUCAGAGAAUGAUAUGGAGUUCUCUGCAUGGGCCGGGGAAGGAUGGUGGGGAGAUGUGGGGACCCGGCGGUUCCUCGGAGAGAGAAUCCUCCUGCUGGCUUGUGUCGCCUGGGGUGAGUCCACACGUGUUUGUGUGUGUGUGUGUUCGUACGUGCGUGUCUGGCAGUUGUGGGGAGCGGUGGGGCAACGGUUAGCACACUACGCUAAAAACUUGGCGACACGCUCAUGGCCAACACCAGGGACGAUUAUCUGAACCGGUCCUGGGCCUUCCCUAGGUUCACUCGGCCUCAAAUGACUACCUGGUGCGAUGCGUACACAUCGCAGAUUGGGAGGCAGUCGACUGGACGUGGUGCUGGCCACCCACCUCCUCGUGUGCCGAGCCGGCCUUCAUGGGUGCUCGCAAACAGCACUUGCCCCAAAAGCCUGCUAAGGUUAUACGGGCUAUCUUUUCCUUUGUUUUUGUGCGUCAGUUAUAGGUACCAGACGUCCGAGUUUGGCCGGUGCAGUGCCGGUGUCAGUGUGUCCUGGCUCUGAAGUAUGUGGGAGAAUCCUACAUUUGUGCCAGGUUUCAUGAUUUCUAACCUCAUGCUAUUCCAUUCUUGUUCAUGUCAAAACGUUCAGCAGCUAAAUACGAAUGUCGAGGUCUGCUCGCCACGACGAGAGGGCUUCAGGAGAGAGUUCGUGUAGUUGUGCUGUUCCUCCUGGAUUGAGGGAGCACACCGACUACGAUGGUUUACUAUAUGGUCCAUAGAUUGGGUUCAUGGCCACAUCCGCACUCCUGUAGCUUGACUUUAAUGUUCCAUUUAAUCAGAAU